ACCUAUGAAAAGCUGCUAGAAAAUAGGGGCAUAAUUCCCCCAUAUACGGGCUGACCCGGCCUAAAACCCGAACUCCGUAUACACUGUGCUUGCACGACCAUUUUAGAAGUCUCUCCGGUCUUAGCUAAAAGUGCACGUUUCUGUCUUUUGAGACUCUAGCCACAUUGGAUCCUUCAACCCAAGAACGUUUUCAGCUAAAUUUCUUAGCUCUUUUUGCUUCCCUCCCGAGGAUAAUAGAGGCAGUUAGGUCUUUAAUCCCAUUUGGGUUGAUUGCCAUUUUGAUGCCUAGUAAUAUUGCAGUUCUGGAUUAAUUAGUGGAUCUUAUUAUUAAUUGUAGUCAGUUGCCUGCAACCUCAUUAAUGUUCAAAUGGCUGAUGAUUUUGGGAAGCAACCAAGGCACCGUAAUCUAACCCCGUUGAGGAUGGUGAGGGGUAUUUUCUGUCUAAUUGUGUUAGUACUCUCUGCAUUUAUACUGUUAGUGUUCUUUGGCUUUUGGCCUGCUAUUGUCAUGCGAACUAUCAGUGUCCAUUAUAGCAGAGUGGGAAUAUCCUUUGUUUUCGGAUGUUGGUUAGCUUUGUGGCCCUUUUGGUUUGAAAAAAUUAACAAAACCAAGGUGGUGAUCUCUGGAGAUUCUGUUCCAUCAGCGAAGCGAGUCUUGGUUAUUGCAAACCAUCGAACUGAGGUUGAUUGGAUGUACUUGUGGGAUCUUGCUUUGCGCAAGGGACGUGUGGGUUCGCUAAGGUAUAUACUUAAGAGCAGUUUGAUGAGAUUGCCAGUGUUUGGAUGGGUUUUUCAUGUCAUGGAGUUCAUACCUGUUGAGAGGAAAUGGGAUGCUGAUGCAUUGAAGCUGCGCCAGAUGCUCGGGACCUAUCAAGAUCCUCAAGAUCCACUGUGGCUUGUUGUUUUCCCAGAAGGCACUGAUUUCACAGAACAGAAGUGCAUCCGUAGUCAAAAAUAUGCUUCUGAAAACGGAUUGCCAAUUCUGAAGAACGUACUUCUUCCAAAGACAAAAGGUUUUUGUGCUUGUUUGGAGGAACUGAGAGGUUCCCUGGAUGCAGUUUAUGACAUCACAAUUGGCUACAAGCAUCGUUGCCCUUCUUUUUUGGAUAAUGCCUUUGGGGUUGAUCCGGCUGAAGUUCAUAUGCACGUCCGCUGUAUUUCUGUUGCCGAUAUACCAGAAUCUGAAAAUGAGGCUGCUUCAUGGUUGAUAGAUACAUUCUGUGACAAGGAUAAAUUGUUGUCGGAUUUUCAUUCACAAGGUCAUUUCCCUCGCGAAGGAAUAGAAAGUGAGCUGUCUACGUCCAAGUGUUUAGCAAACUUCAUCUUUGUGAUAACAUUGACUGCGAUUUGUGCUUAUCUGACUCUAUUUUCUUCCAUUUGGUUUAAGAUAUAUGUUUCCUCUGUCUGUGCAUUCUUGGCAACAGCUACAUACUUCAAUUUUCGGCCUUCGCCCAUUGUAUCUUUGUGAAUGCAGUCGCCUUUCAAGAGUUGUUAUAAGCGAGCCACAAUUUGACACAACUUGCCUGUUCUUUAAAUUUAUUUUCUGUUGCGAUCC